UGGCAUGGAGCUGAGAGCUGCCCCGGGACCACUGACAAAGUGACAAGACAGCUACUUCCUAACGACACACACUUCAGCCAAUUCCACUCUUACCCAGGACACAGUCCGGACAUGGGACCAGGGUGUCCAGUGUGAGUGGAGCACAGAACUUGGACCCCGAGUAUGGGGCCCCUGGUCCCACUGCUCAUGGGGGCCCUGAUUUGGGUCUGUGUGUGGACAGAUGAUCCCAGCAAAGUGAUAUCAGAUCGGUAUGCAGUCUACUGGAACAAAACUAAUCCCAGGUUCCAUCAUGGUGACUACACUGUGGAUGUGAGCAUCAAUGAUUACCUGGAUAUUUACUGCCCCCAUUAUGAAAUUCCUCUCCCAGCAGACAGGAUGGAGCGUUACAUACUCUAUAUGGUCAAUUAUGAUGGCCACGCCUCCUGCGACCAUCGGCAAAAGGGGUUCAAACGAUGGGAAUGCAAUCGUCCAGAUUCCCCUAAUGGACCACUGAAGUUUUCUGAAAAAUUCCAGCUGUUUACGCCAUUCUCUCUGGGGUUUGAGUUUCGUCCUGGACAUGAAUAUUACUAUAUUUGGACCAAGAAGGAUGGAGUUCCACCAAUUCUGGACCUGAAGACACUCAAUGCCUUUGUCAGGGUCCGAAAAUUCAAAAUGUCUAUCUAUUUGGUGGUGGUAUCUCUACACCAGGGGGAUUUUCUGGCAUCCAUCAACAUCACAGAUGCGUAA